AUGGCUUGUAUGAAUUGUGUAUUUCCUUGUAUGGAUUGUGUAUUUCCUUGUAUGGAUUGUGUAUUUCCUUGUAUGGAUUGUGUAUUUCCUUGUAUGGAUUGUGUAUUUCCUUGUAUGGAUUGUGUAUUUCCUUGUUUGGAUUGUGUAUUUCCUUGUAUGGAUUGUGUAUUUCCUUGUAUGAAUUGUGUAUUUCCUUGUAUGGAUUGUGUAUUUCCUUGUAUGGAUUGUGUAUUUCCUUGUAUGAAUUGUGUAUUUCCUUGUAUGGAUUGUGUAUUUCCUUGUAUGGAUUGUGUAUUUCCUUGUAUGAAUUGUGUAUUUCCUUGUAUGGAUUGUGCAUUUCCUUGUAUGAAUUGUGUAUAUUUCCUUUAUGAUCAAUCAAGUUUUGUUGAUAGUACUCCUCAGGUUAAUUUAUUUAAGAAAAAAAGAAAGAAAGAGAAAAAAGAAACUCCUCAAAAACUACAGACAAAAAAAUAUGAUCAAUCAAGCUUUGUUGAUAGUACUCCUCAGGUUAAUUUAUUUAAGAAAAAAAUAAAGAAAGAGAAAAAAGAAACUCCUCAAAAACUACAGACAAACAAAUAUGAUCUUCCAACAAUGAUCAUUUUAUCAAGUUCAGAUGAAAACCUUGAACAAUCUAAUGAUCAAACAGAAAAAAUUGCUGAAUCCUGUGAUCAUCAAUCCAUUACAAAAGUGAUUAAAGAUGUUCCUAGAAAGAGCGACCGCAAACAAGAAAAAGUAAUGAAUAGAACAAGAAAACAUUUGCAUUAUGACUCAAGCUUUUCAAUAUCUCCAGUUUCUGCAAAACAUUCUGUUGAGCAUUACCAAACAGAAAUAGCUGAUUCUUUAAAUUCACCUAGGCAGGUCUGUAAGUUAUCAAAAUUGGAUACUGUUUAUGGGAAUCUUAAAUUGAAUGAUUUUGAUAAACACAAAUUACCUCCUAAAGAUAAUUUGCUUCUUAGCUGGCAUGCCACACAAAAAUCUUUAGAUGAAAAAGGUGUUAAAUAUGUUGCUGGAAAGUGGACUGACUUUGAAUUAUCAAUUUUAAAUGCUAACAUUAAAAGAUUUGUCGAUGAGAAUGGAAUAUCUGACUUUAAAAAAUUUUAUAAUGACCAUAAUGCAGUUAAACCUCCUAAUAUGUAUGUUGAGUUAGGUCAAAAUAUUUAUAGAACUAUAAGAAAAAUUAAGUUCAAAGUUGAAUCACUUUAUGAUAAAAGCUACAUAGAUGCAAGUAAAAGUAACUCAUAUAGUGAGGAAGAAAUUAAAAAGUUAUUUGAACUUUAUAAAGUUUAUGGUCCGCGUUGGAAACUUAUUGGUAAAGAAAUGGGUAGAAAGCCUUCAAGUGUUAAAUCAAGAUAUGGUAACUCCAAAAUGUUUUACAAUUAUGAAAAUAAAAUGAGAAAUGGCCCAUCCAAUUCAGACUUUUUUACUAAAGAAGAAGAUGGAAAGUUGGUAGAGUUAGUUAGUCAAAUUUCAAAAGACUACCCAGACAAUAUUCGUUGGUCUCAUGUGUCGAAGUUAAUGGGUACUAGAACAGCUAAUGCAUGUCGUCAAAGGUGGCUAUUAUUUCACCAAAAUAGAGGUAAUAUUAGUAAGCCUAACAUUUUGUUACGUAAAACUAUGCGAUCCAUUGUGGAUUCAUUGGUAAAAAGUAAUGUCACUGACCAGUCCAGCAUUGACUGGACUGCUUUACUUAAAGAAAUUAACUCAGAAAUUUCAUCCACUUUAAUAAAAAAGACACUUUCAAGGUAUAUGAUUGGUGAGAAAUUUAAAAACAAAACAUUUCAACAGCGUUUAUUGUUUCUGAAAUAUAAAUUCGACACGAGAUCAAUAUUGAAAUUUUAACAUUUUUUUACAGUAUGAAAAAUAAAUUUAAAAUGUCUUGAAAAAAUAAACUUCUUUUUUUUUUAAUAUAAGUUUGUAUAAAGUGA